AUGUUGAGGGACGAGGCUCUGAAUUGGUGGGACUCAGUAGCAGCGGCUGAAGAUCAUGCUAACGUACCAGUUACGUGGGCAAGGUUCAAGGACUUGUUGUACGACUACUAUUACCCGGAGACCGUGAAAGAUAUGAAAGAGGCAGAAUUCCUCCAUCUCAACCAAGGAACCUUAACGGUAGCACAGUAUGAAAGGAAGUUUACGGAGCUCUCUCGUUUUGCUCGGGAAUUAAUUCCCACUGAAGCAAUGAAGAUCAAGAGGUUUGUUAAGGGCUUACGCAAGAGAAUAAGGGGACCAGUGGACCUUCAGCGACCCGCCACCUACGCUGAAGCAGUUAGGGGCGCCUUGAUCAUGGAUAAGGAUGUCUCCAACAGGGUCCAACCUCUGGUGGAAGUCGGAUCAUCUUCAGGUGUGAAAAGGAAGGUCUCUCCAGCGUACGCCGACCAGCCAUUUAGAGCACCCCAGCGCCCGGCUCAGCAGCAGGGUCUGCCACCAGUGUGCCCCUCCUGCCAGAAAAGAAAUGCGGGGCAAUGUUGGACGGGAACUGGGGGUUGUUUCAGGUGUAGAAGGGAAGGGCAUUUUGCAAGGGAAUGUUCUAUGACGGCCGUGAAUACUCAGAGGCUAGGGCAGAGGGCUCCCCCAACAGUUUCGACGUAG